UGUGACGUCACAGAGGCGGGCGGAAGUGGAGGACUUGCACGUGGGCGCGGGCUGCCCGGCAGAGCGAUGGGCAAGGCCAGGAGCCCGGCGACUGUGCCGCGCGGCGGACAAAUGAAGAAGAAGAAAAUUGACUCAAAGCCCAAAUGCUUGGAUGACCAAGAAAUUCCAUAUCGAUUGCGGGAAAUUAUGAAGAGCCGUGAGGAAUUAAAGAAGCCUAAGAUCAAGAAGAAAAAGAAAAUGGUGAACAAAGAAACACCUGAUGUACCAGGCAGCAACAUACCAGUGCCGAAAUUCAGGAGAAGGAAAGGAGAGGCAGUCUCUUCCUACUUGAAUCGCAUGGAGCGGGAGACUCAACACGUGUGGCACCUCACCAAAACCCAGCUUCAGCGUGAGCCUGAGAAAGAAGAAAUGGUAGAGAAAAAGUCUCAGAAGAAAAAAGAAUUUCAACAGAAGAAGAUGGAUAAAAUCCGUAAGCAAAAAGAAGAGAAAAAAGCAGAAAUGCUGGAGAAGGAAUUACUCAAAGAUUCAGUGAAGUUUGGAGAUGUUGCCUUACAGCCCCCAACACUUACAGCAAAACCAAAAAAGAGUAAAGACAAGGCUGGCCAGAGACAGCUUCUGCUCACGUCUCUUUUGGACUCUGGUAGUAAAGCAUCCAUCCCAAAAACAACAUAUUCUUCUCUUGCUCGCCAAAGGAUUGUGCAGGAGGAGCGGGAGCGGGUUGUGAAAGCUUACCGGGACAUGAAGAAACGGAAGCAGCAGCAGAAGUUACGGGCUGAGAGCAAGCUUGUUAUGGACAAACUGAAGAAGCCAGCCUGAGUUGUUGGUUGAAUGCAAGGACAAAACAGCAGAAAAGGAUGCUGUGGAUCAUAGCAGUUUCCCUUUGGUUGGCUUUACCCAGCCAUUUGGACAAACAGACUACUUUGUACAUGAUGGGCAGCUUCAUCGCUUGUUGAACUAUGUCUUUGCUUCUGGAAGUAGAGUGGAGUCCCUGUGAAACAUUUCUCUCAACCCAGUGUGAAGACUGCAUUCAUUGUUCCCUUCUGGCAAUUUCCAAUGGAGAAGAGCUUCAGAGGGCGACACUGACAUUUUUUUAAAAAAAAGUAUACAUGUAUUUCUUUUUAUUAAAGCAUAUAUUUAAAAA